AUGGCUGCUUUACUUGUGAGCUUAGUGCUUGUGCUUCUCCUAGCCAUGUCUGGCCAUUCAGAUGCCACUUAUUGUGUGUGUAACUCAAAUUUGAGCCAGGAUGUGCUUCAGAAGAACAUAGAUUAUGCCUGUGGAGCUGGGGCUGAUUGUACAGACAUCCAUCAAAAUGGGCCUUGCUUUAACCCUAACACUGUGAGGGAUCACUGUAAUUUUGCUGUUAACAGUUAUUACCAGAGAAGAAACCAAGUGCAGGGCAGCUGUGAUUUUCAGGGAACUGCCACUGUUACCUCAACUCCCCCUACUACAAGUACAGGUUCUGGAUGUGUGUACCAAGCUAGCCCAAGCUCCGGCACCAGCACAGGCGGGACCUCCACCGGCGGCACAAAUUCCGGCGGAGCACUAUCGGGCAGCCUUGGGCCGUCCGGUAGCGGAUAUGACAAUAAUUUCGGUGUUACUCUAUCUUCUCAAAACAGCGUCUUUAUGAUGAUGCUGCUCGUAUUGUGGUUUUUGUGUCUCGUCUAG